AUGUCAUUGGUAACAGAAGAAAUCAAGUCGAAAUCAGAGGUAUACCAUGGAGACGAACUAGGGCAAGUGAAAUCCAAAGAGCUUCUGGCUGAAAUUUGUCUUCCCAAUGGUUUGUUACCAUUGAAAGAUAUUAUUGAAGUUGGUUACAACAGAGAAACAGGUUUUGUUUGGUUGAAACAGAAGAAUAGGGUAACACACAAGUUUGAAAAAAUUGGAAAACCUGUUAUUUAUUCUACUGAAGUUACUGCUUAUGUUGAGAAAGGUAAGAUUAAGAAAUUGAGUGGUGUGAAAACUAAAGAGCUUUUCAUUUGGGUUACAGUGAGUGAGAUUUAUGUUGAUGAUCCACCAACUGAGAAAAUCACUUUCAAAACACCUUCUGGACUUUCUAGAAGUUUUCCUGUUUCUGCUUUUGAAGUUGAAGAAAUGUGA